AUGUGGAGUCCGGACAUAAGGUCUCCGGAACGUGGCGUUUCCCGACAAGAUAACUUGUUCAUUGAUCCUGACAAUAAGAAGCCAGGGAUCUUGAGAGUUUUGGGUCAGCGGCGUGCCCCUGAGAACGUGGUGCGAGAGAAAAAGACGAACCGUAAAAAACGAAGACUCUUUGAUGUAGGUCAACCAGAGGUUCUGUCUGAAUUUACUACCUGGAGUGGAGUGAGUGGAGUGGAGUGGAGUGGAGUGGAGUGGAGUGGAGUGGAGUGGAGUGGAGUGGAGUGGAGUGGAGUGGAGUGGAGUGGAGUGGAGUGGAGUGGAGUGGAGUGGAGUGGAGUGGAGUGGAGUGGAGUGGAGUGGAGUGGAGUGGAGUGGAGUGGAGUGGAGUGGAGUGGAGUGGAGUGGAGUGGAGUGGAGUGGAGUGGAGUGGAGUGGAGUGGAGUGGAGUGGAGUGGAGUGGAGUGGAGUGGAGUGGAGUGGAGUGGAGUGGAGUGGAGUGGAGUGGAGUGGAGUGGAGUGGAGUGGAGUGGAGUGGAGUGGAGUGGAGUGGAGUGGAGUGGAGUGGAGUGGAGUGGAGUGGAGUGGAGUGGAGUGGAGUGGAGUGGAGUGGAGUGGAGUGGAGUGGAGUGGAGUGGAGUGGAGUGGAGUGGAGUGGAGUGGAGUGGAGUGGAGUGGAGUGGAGUGGAGUGGAGUGGAGUGGAGUGGAGUGGAGUGGAGUGGAGUGGAGUGGAGUGGAGUGGAGUGGAGUGGAGUGGAGUGGAGUGGAGUGGAGUGGAGUGGAGUGGAGUGGAGUGGAGUGGAGUGGAGUGGAGUGGAGUGGAGUGGAGUGGAGUGGAGUGGAGUGGAGUGGAGUGGAGUGGAGUGGAGUGGAGUGGAGUGGAGUGGAGUGGAGUGGAGUGGAGUGGAGUGGAGUGGAGUGGAGUGGAGUGGAGUGGAGUGGAGUGGAGUGGAGUGGAGUGGAGUGGAGUGGAGUGGAGUGGAGUGGAGUGGAGUGGAGUGGAGUGGAGUGGAGUGGAGUGGAGUGGAGUGGAGUGGAGUGGAGUGGAGUGGAGUGGAGUGGAGUGGAGUGGAGUGGAGUGGAGUGGAGUGGAGUGGAGUGGAGUGGAGUGGAGUGGAGUGGAGUGGAGUGGAGUGGAGUGGAGUGGAGUGGAGUGGAGUGGAGUGGAGUGGAGUGGAGUGGAGUGGAGUGGAGUGGAGUGGAGUGGAGUGGAGUGGAGUGGAGUGGAGUGGAGUGGAGUGGAGUGGAGUGGAGUGGAGUGGAGUGGAGUGGAGUGGAGUGGAGUGGAGUGGAGUGGAGUGGAGUGGAGUGGAGUGGAGUGGAGUGGAGUGGAGUGGAGUGGAGUGGAGUGGAGUGGAGUGGAGUGGAGUGGAGUGGAGUGGAGUGGAGUGGAGUGGAGUGGAGUGGAGUGGAGUGGAGUGGAGUGGAGUGGAGUGGAGUGGAGUGGAGUGGAGUGGAGUGGAGUGGAGUGGAGUGGAGUGGAAUGGAGUGGAGUGGAGUGGAUUGGAGAUUUUUUUAUUCUCCAACUGGAUGGAGGAGAGGAAGCAAACCCGUGCGUGCUAUUUAAACGGUCCCUUAGCUCGGAGAAGUACUGUGCCGGUAAGCGUCGCGUACGUUCGGCCGGUGUUUUGAAAAUGGCCGGAAUAUUCAUUCUUCCUGAAGAGGCAAGCGGUAACUCAGAGAACAUUCACCCCAGGAAGUCUUAA